AUGGCUGACCUUCAUGAUUUGCCAUGGGUAAUGGCGGGCGACUUUAAUGAACCUCUGUCAGAGAGUGAUAAAUUUGGAGGAAGGGGGGUGAGUGUUAAUAGAACUCUCCAGUUCAAGGAAUGUCUAGAUGCUUGUAGUAUGAUUGAUUUAGGUUUUUCGGGUCCUUGGUUUACCUGGACUAAUAGGAGGGAUAUUCAAGCUCUUAUUCAUGAGAGGAUAGACAGAUUCUUUGUCAAUCCCCAAUGGUGUCUGAUGUACCCAGAGGCCCGUGUGGCCCAUCUCACUAGGUGCCAUUCCGAUCAUUGUCCUAUUUUGUUGGAAUUGCAGCCAAGAAGUCAGGAGAAUAGGAGGAAAUUAUUUAAGUUUCAAACAUGUUGGUUGUCUAAUUCCAACUUUCCUUUCGUUGUUACUCAGGCCUGGAGUCAUAGCUCGGGACUAGCUCAGGCUAUUGAGCUUUUCACUAAUAAGGCUAUCAGGUGGAAUAAGGAGCAUUUCGGUAAUAUCUUCUUUAGGAAAAAGACUAUUAUGGCAAGAUUAAAUGGUAUUCAGAGAGCUAUGUUAGUUAAUCCUUCAGCUUUUCUCCUUAACCUUGAAAAUGAACUUCUAAAGGAUCUUGAUGCUGUGUUGAACCAGGAAGAGGAGUUAUAG